AUGGCGUCGGUCUCGGGCGCGCAGGAGCUCGGGAGGAGUGGCUCCUCGGAGGCACGGGACGAGGCCAUGCUCGCUCUUGCACUCAGGGAGCAGACCUGGCCAAACGGGACGUGCCUGAUGGGCCGGCACGGCUGCCCACAGGCCAGGCACGAGACGGGCCCGGCCCGGCACGGGCUAAUCGUGCUCGGGCCAGGCACGAGCACGUCGUGGGACGUGCCCGGGCCGCCACCCCGAGCCCGCGUGCCAGCACGGCAUGACCCGAUUAGGAGGGAGCGAGGCGGGCCGGCGGGGGGCACGUCUUGGGCCGAUAGAUCUGGGGGCGCGUGUCGUGAGCCUAACGUGCCGCGGACCGGUCCAAUUAGGCAACAUGCUGUGCUUGGGCCUGAUAGCCUGGCAUGCGGGCCGGCAUGGCACGGCCCGUAUAUUAAUUGGGCCCAGGCGGGCCGGGCCGUGCCUGGUACGAUUACGACGGGUCAGGCCGGGUCAGGCCUGACACAAUUAGGACAGGCCGGGUCAGGCCUGACACAAUUAGGACGGGCCGGGCCGGGCCGGCCCAUUUGGCCAGCGAGGUUUGCUAUCACCCGUCCCUCCCAGUCCCAGCCACUGUUGUUAGUCUCAAGGCUGCAGAAGGAGAGUGAGCAUGGUAGGGCAGAGCAGCUACAGCCGGCUCGCCGGCGACGAGGCCUCCGCGAUAUCCGCCGACGGCGGCGACGACUACGACGCAAAGAAGCUGAGGCUGCUUGGCUACGAGCCGCGGCUCAAGCGCAAUCUCUCGCUGUUGUCCAACUUCUCGGUGAGCUUCUCGAUCGUGUCUGUCCUCACGGGCAUCACUACGUUAUAUGGGACCGGUCUCCAAUUCGGUGGGCCGGUGACCAUGGUGUACGGCUGGCCAAUUGCCGGUACCUUCACCAUCAUCGUCGGCCUAGCCAUGGCCGAGAUCUGCUCCGCCUACCCUACCUCCGGAGGACUCUACUUUUGGAGCGCCAGGCUCUGCAGCGAGCGACGUUGGGGCCCCUUCGCCUCCUGGCUCACCGGAUGGUAAGAGCAACUUUAACGGAUCGACUUAAACAUAUAAUGUUUUUUCUUUUUUAUUUAUUGUGUCGUCCGUCCGUUUAGCGUCCAUCUGAUUUAUGAUUUGGUUCGACACUACGUCCAACACGUCGACCUAAAUUUACCCGUGUGACCGGCUUGCCGUUGUUUUUAAACAGAUAUGCACAUAUUUUUUCAUAGUUUCAACCAAAUCAAAAUAGAAAGCAUGGUUUCACAACCAAAUAAAUUUAGAUAGUUUUACAAGUCAAAUAAAAAUUAAAUUUGUCUCAAAUACAUGUAAAAAAAGAUGCAUCUAUUGGUUGUCAACAUGAGCCCACAUAUGCUCAGCCAAAUCAUUUUGUAGCUACAUGUGAGUUUUUCAUUCACGUAUUUUAUGAUGAAAUUGUAUGAACUGUUCAAACAUUACCGCUACUCCAUGCUGAGGCACAACAUUCUCACCCUGAAGCUGAAACCCUUGAUCGUAGAGACGUAUCAAACGGUCAUCUUUUACGAUCAUAUUGUCCAUUCGAAAUAAUCAUCGUAUCCGAUCAUUGCUUCUCGAAUACGGUUGAAAACAUGCCUAGUCAUAUAAAAACGCCGUCGAAAUUUGUUAUGUUUGAACAGUGGGUUAGCGGCGUCGAAGUAGUCCUUUCAAAAAAGAAAUAGUCGCUCUUUCGGUUGCGAUUCAACGUAGGAAUGUGUCUCGGGAUGAAGCCACGGAACAACGAGCGUUGGCUAUUGAGGUGAUGAUGGACCAACACGGCAGCCAAGAUGACAAGGAAUCGUCGGAGUCGCAAAGGAUAUUAUGAAAAAAGAACUCCUCGACGGAGUUCAUUUUGUAUCUUGGCAAACUGUCGAACAGCUUGCGGGCGUCGACGAAGGAGUCGGCCAGGUGAAGGGAGGCGCACCUCCCUUGGACCAGGUGGCUGGCCUGGAGGCGUCCGACGAGCUUGCCGUCGUCAGGGCGAAGGAGCUGGCGGGUGCGGCGAGGUGACUCCUUGCUCGCGGCGACGUGGGGGAGGUGAAGCUGGGAAGCUUCAGAUCUGCGUCGGUGAGACAUUGAUGGUGGCGACGUGGGAGGUGGUGACGUCGGGGGACAUGUGUCGGCACCAGUUGCUGGAAGAGGCACCCAAAAAGUGGGCGGCGACAGCGAUCGGCGUCGGCGACGAGGGUUUGUUGCCGAUCUUGGGUGGGAGAGGAUAACGAAAGUGCCACCGACUAACGGGCCAUGGGGAAGAGUAGGCGGGCGCACGUUCGUUUUGUAUCCAUACCGACGCAAAAAUGGUCAAAAUUGGAACGGGAAUGGACCGGCCAACGGACGAAAAGCGGACGCUCGUUCAUUCGGAUCGGCACGUUGGACCGAUUCUUUUAUCCGCAUCGAUCAAAACUGACACGUACAUUUGGAGUUGCUCUAAGUUUACUUGUUUGCUUUCUGCAACUUGUUUCGUUUUAUUCACAUUUCUUUAUUUAAGUUCAUUUAUAUGUUUGCGUCGAUCUCUUUCAUGUCUAUCUUGCAUGUGCCGCAAAUGGCAAAAUUGGCAUAUGCAUACAGUUUUCGUUUGCAUAUUCAUGUCUAUCUCCUUGGCUCCUUAAUCGAGCAGCUCUCUUAGGAUUCAGGCGGCGAAACUUGUCUCUCUGGCCUCUUAUACCGAACAGCAGCAUAUAGUUCUCGUUUUGCUAUCGUAACACGUACGACUAACUAGGGAUAAUCAUCACGUGCUGGAUCGACAAUUGUAAGACGAUAUUUGGAUUCGCAAAACAGACGUACCUGCUGUACUAUCCUUUUUCUUGGAGGGGCGUAAGCCUGGAUGCCGUGCACAACUAGCACGCGCGUGUGAAGCGUGCAAAUCCGGCAAUAUCAACAAAUUUGAUUCCUGUGUUUAAAAAAUUCAUAAACUGAAUUGUUUUUUAAAAUUUCGUUCGGCUGACUCUUUUGUGAGGCGCCCGACGCUUAGACGUCACACUAUACUGUGUGACGUCUUAGCCAUAGGCGUCGCAUCGCGGUCACGCUAGCGUCCGAUCCCAUCCACCCUUAAUAGUGUGACGCCUAAGACUCAGGCAUUGCACUUACGACAGUGUGACGCCGAACGCUUAGGUGCCACACCCCCACUUACCAAUCGCCGCCCGCCCCCUCUCCCACCCUUCUGGCAUGGCAAUUGGGGUGGUGCCCUUCUCAUAGGCGUC